CCUCUAGACACAUUCCCGCGUCGUCACAUCGGCCCCGAUGACGAGGAUGUUGCACAAAUGUGCAAAGUUAUCGGCGUUAAAUCGCUAGAGAACCUUGUGGAGAGGACUGUACCACCGUCGAUUACGAUCAGAAAUGCGACGAGAUUAGGGCCAGGGGUUCCCGAAACGGAGGUGUUGGAGCGCUUGAAGCACAUCGCCUCCAAAAACAAGGUCUUCCGGUCGUACAUCGGGAUGGGGUACACGAACACUAUUACUCCGAAGGUGAUUCUCCGCAACAUCAUGGAAAACCCCGGAUGGUACACGCAGUACACGCCGUAUCAGCCGGAGAUCUCACAAGGAAGGCUCGAGUCGCUACUGAAUUUUCAGACAAUGGUGUGCGACUUCACGGGCCUGCCUGUGGCCAACGCUUCGCUGUUGGAUGAAGGAACAGCUGCCGCGGAAGCUAUGAUGAUGUGCUUCUCGCAAGCCAAGCGCAAAAAGAACAUGUUUUUCGUGGAUCAGGCAUGUCACCCGCAAACCAUCGCAUGUGUCAAGACGCGUGGUGAGGGAUUCGGUAUCCAGGUCGUUGUUGGCGAUUACGAAAAGUUCGACUUUGAGGCGAAUGCCGGAAAUGUCAUGGGUGUGCUUAUCCAGUACCCAACAACAGAUGGGAGAGUUCUCGAUUACGAGACCUUUGUAGAGAAGGCGCACUCGAAAGGCGCCAUGGUCACCGUCGCCGCAGACCUUCUCUCGCUCGCACUUCUCAAACCUCCAGGGGAAUUUGGCGCUGACAUCGUCUUCGGAAACUCCCAACGGUUCGGUGUUCCACUCGGUUACGGCGGUCCCCAUGCCGCCUUUUUCGCCGUCAAGGACAAUCUCAAACGGAAUAUGCCUGGCCGUUUGAUCGGCGUGUCAAAGGAUGUCGACGGAAACAAGGCUUAUCGUCUGGCCCUGCAAACUCGUGAGCAACACAUCAGGAGAGAGAAGGCUACCAGUAACAUCUGUACGGCGCAGGCGCUGCUGGCGAACAUGGCCGCGAUGUACGCAGUAUACCAUGGUCCAGAGGGGAUUCGGGCAAUCGCACAACGCGUUCACAACCUGACCUCAGUCCUCGCUGAAGGUGUCCGUCGUCUUGGCCACACGGUGAAAACCGAAUCAUUCUUCGACACCAUCACCGUCGAACUCAAAUAUGAUGCUGAAGAGCUUGUCCUUGCCGCUGCCGACGCUGGUAUCAACGUCCGCCAGGUGGACGCGCGCAGCAUUGCCGUUACGCUCGACGAAACCGUGACAAAGGAAGACCUGUACGAUCUCCUGCGUGUGUUUGCCACCGCCUCUUUUGAGGAAAGCUACAGGUCCGGGUCGAAACGCGGAAACUUCGCACCCACGCCCAUUCUUGACAGCAUCGCCAAAGAGUUGGGAAUAUCCGCUGAGAACCCCGCGCAGAACAUCCCGCAGAAACUCGUUCGAACGUCAAAAUACCUCACUCACCCUAUUUUCAACAAGUUCCAUUCCGAAACGGACAUGUUGCGGUACAUUAGCUACCUGCAAAGCAAGGAUUUAUCGCUCGCCGAGGCGAUGAUCCCCCUCGGGUCCUGUACCAUGAAGCUGAACGCCACCACUGAAAUGAUCCCCGUGACAUGGCCAGAGUUUGCACAUAUACAUCCAUUUGUUCCAGUGGAUCAGGCCAGCGGAUACAGGAUCAUGCUGCAGGAAUUGGAGUACGCUUUGUCUGAAGUGACAGGCUUUGAUCAAGUCUCCCUGCAGCCCAACUCUGGAGCCCAGGGUGAAUACACCGGUCUUCGUGUAAUCCGGGCUUACCUUCGGUCUCAAGGGCAAACCAACCGUGACGUUUGCCUCAUCCCCGUCUCCGCGCACGGAACCAACCCCGCUUCAGCCGCCAUGGCUGGCUUCAAGGUUGUGAUCGUCAAAUGCGAGGAGAACGGAAACUUGGACUUGAACGAUCUGAGGGCCAAGGCUGAGCAGUACAAGGAUACCCUCGCAGCUACCAUGAUCACGUAUCCCUCCACAUAUGGUGUCUUUGAGGAGACCAUUACAGAAGCGUGUGAGAUUGUUCACCAAAACGGUGGUCAGGUGUACAUGGAUGGCGCGAACCUGAACGCCCAGCUCGGUCUGUGCAAACCGGCAGAGAUCGGCGCGGACGUGUGUCACUUGAACCUGCACAAGACCUUCUGUAUUCCGCAUGGUGGCGGUGGGCCUGGAAUGGGACCUAUCGGUGUCAAGAACCACUUGGCGCCGUUCUUGCCCGGACACCCCGUCGUGAAGACCAGCGGAGAGUUGGCUAUCGGACCCGUCUCGGCUGCCCCAUGGGGUAGCGCUAGCAUCCUGCCCAUCUCAUGGGCGUACCUGAAAAUGAUGGGUGACGAUGGUGUUCGCAAAGCUACCCAAGUAGCGCUUUUGAACGCCAACUACAUCAUGAAGCGCCUUGAGAAGCACUACAAGAUCCUCUUCACUAACGAGAAUGGCCUAUGCGCUCACGAGUUCAUCAUCGACUGCCGACCGUUUUUGGAGUCUGCCCAUAUUGAGGCUAUUGACAUCGCCAAGCGGUUACACGACUACGGCUUUCACUCCCCAACCAUGUCCUUCCCGGUAUCCAACACCCUUAUGGUAGAACCCACCGAAUCCGAAUCCCUCGUCGAGCUCGACCGCUUCAUCGACGCCAUGAUCGCCAUCCGCGCGGAGAUCGCGGAAGUCGAGGCUGGGAAGCAACCCCGCGAUAACAACGUCCUCACCAACGCGCCCCACCCAAUCCAUCAGCUGCUCGUUGGCGAGUGGAAGAGGGAGUAUUCUAGGGAGAAGGCAGCAUACCCUGUCGAGGGGUUGAGGAGGAAGAAGUUUUGGCCUAGCGUAGGGAGGGUUGAUGAUACCUUUGGAGACAGGAACCUGGUAUGUUGUGUGGGAGCGACUUUUUUGUGCCGGUUGGGCCGGUUGUGGCUAUUAGACACUGACUCCUCGCUUUUGCUUUUUGUUCACAGAUCUGCUCGUGCCCACCUAUCGAGGAGUACGAGUCUAACUAGAUAUACACUGAUCAGGCGUCGGCGCUGGUCACUGUAGAGCGUUCGUCCGUGACAUAUCCUAUGCCGGGGUAGCAGGCUCUUGCACACCAUGACUGCAAUUUCGCAACCUGAAACGACCGAACAUUAUACCGCUGUGACAAUCUAUGGCGCCACUCAUCAAGAGGAA